AUGGCUCAUUAUAUACGCUCUAAUUGUGAAAUCAAAGACAAAGGAAUUUCAGAAACCCCAUCUUCUUUCUUUCGUAAAACAGUAGCGUCUAUGGCUGCAACCACUAAUUUCACCAAAUCGUUGCUAUUUCCUUCCUCCCAUGUUUCAGGAAAUGUGAGCUUGAAAUCGCAGAGAGGUAGUAGUAGUAGUACUAGGACAUGGCCGAAUCAGAACAAGUCAAGAAAUGGUUACAAGUCUCUCCGUGUGAAUGGACUAUUCGGAGGUGGAAACAAAUAUAAUAACAGUGAAGAUGGACGACAAUCUAAGGCAGGGAUAUUUGAGAAUAUGCAGAAUAUGUAUGAGACUGUGAAGAAAGCUCAAAUGGUUGUUCAAGUGGAAGAUGUGCUUGUCCAAAAAGAGUUAGCUAUGUAA